UUCAAGAUUCUGAAUAAUCUGGUCAUAAGUACUUAACGGAACAAACAUACUUAUCACUUCAAGUACAUAAUAAAACGUGUUAAUCAGAUAGUGUGUGAAGUCUGCAAGUAUUAUUAGUCAAUUGUAUUCACAAAUGGCGCCAAUUGUGACACAAGCCACGGACCCUGUCCUGCUAGGCGAGGGCCCGCACUGGGACCACGAAGACAACGCCUUGUACUUCGUCGGCAUCCCUGACUACACCGUCAACAAGUAUGUGCCAGCUACUGGCACUCACACAAGCACGAAGUUUGAGUACAUUCCUCACUUCAUAAUCCCUGUGGAGGGUAAGAAGAAUCACUUCAUGAUCACACAGGCGCGCAAAAUUGUGGAGAUCGAGUGGUCGGGCGAGGACGGCGCAGCCAAGAUUGUGAGGACUUUCGCAGAAGUGGACCACGACCAGCCGAACAACCAGUUUAAUGAUGCCAAAGCAGAUCCCAGAGGACGACUGUUUGCUGGUACUAUGGGUCCCAGCCUAGACAUAAACAACAUGACUGAAGCUGUAGGCUCCCUGUACCGCUUCGACGGUGACGGUACAGCACACAAGCUGGCGACAGGCAUGAGGCUUUCCAACGGAAUGUGCUGGGACCUCAAAGAAAGGGCUUUCUACUACUUGGACUCGCUGUUGUACACCAUAUGGAGAUACGACUAUGAUGUGGAAACUGGAAACAUUGCAAACCGCAGAGAAGUGUUCUCCCUGAAGGAGAAUGGCCUCAAUGGCUUGGCAGACGGAAUCACCAUCGACACUGAUGGGAACCUGUGGUUCGCCAUCUACAACGGAUCCCAGAUUGUGAAAUUUGAUCCACGAACCGGGAAACUUUUGGAACAAAUCCCCAUACCAGCGAAGGAAGUGACGUCAUUGACCUUCGGAGGUCCCAACCUUGACGUGCUGUAUGUGACUACUGGCAGAAUAGACAAGUCCCCUCACCCUGCUGGGGCCAUCUUCGCAGUCACAGGGAUCGCCGCCAGGGGGCAUCCUAAUGUCAAGAUUAAGUUAAAUUGAAUUUUUUACUCUGUUUUUGUUGAGAAACCUACUCGUAUGUUGUAUUUAUUAAGUUUUUGUUAAGUCAUAUGUCAUCAGAACUGAUUAAAACUUUUUCAAAAAU